AGCUUUUUUUCAGUUUCGGAAGGUGGACGAGAAACAUGUCGCUCGAUUAGUUUUAGCAUUUUAGGAAACCCUUUUUUUUCUUGAAAAUUUUCCUUCCAAAUUCCCAGUGACUUAUUUAGCAAUAGAAAGUAAAAGAAACAGCUCGCGAAACGAUGGAAAAGACGACCGCCAUUGCCCAGGAACUGCAGGCGGCACUGAAAGAGGACGUGCCAACAAAAUCCGUCGCCGCCGCCGCCCAGGAAUCCAGCACGUCGUCGGACGAACCGAGGCGGCGAGAAUCGGUGCUGGAAAGCAAUGGCUACGAGGUCCAGAAGACGAUCGGCACGGGGGCGUUCUCCAGUGUGAAGAAAGCUUUCUGCAAAACAUUGAAUCAUACGGUGGCCAUUAAGAUCGUCUCGAAGCAGAAGGCCACCAAAGAGGUGCGGACCAAAUUUCUGCCGCGGGAGAUCGAGCUCGUCCGGGGACUUAAACAUCCAAAUUUGAUCCGGUUCUAUGAAUGCAUCGAGACGACGAUGCGAUUCUACAUAAUUAUGCAAUACGCCGAGAAUGGAUCGCUGUUGCAGUUGAUCCGGAAGGAAAAGUUCCUGCCGGAGAAGCGGGCCAAAUCCUACUUUAGUCAGCUGAUAAACGCCGUUGAGUACAUCCACAAAAUGGGCGUCGUUCAUCGGGACAUAAAAUGCGAAAACAUUGUCUUUGACGAGAACUUUACGCUAAAACUAAUCGACUUUGGGUUCGCCCGGGGAAACAUGCUUCCGGUCAUGGCGGGCGGCAAAAUGAAGCCGGUCCUUUCGAAAACUUUCUGCGGCAGUCACGCCUACGCAAGUCCCGAAAUCCUCAAGUCCAUCCCGUAUCAACCACAGCUGUCUGACAUUUGGGCCGUCGGCGUGGUUCUGUACACGAUGGUCUUUGGCCGACUUCCGUUCUCCAACCAAACCAACGUGGUCGUGCUUAUCAAGCAAGUGGCAGACGGGCCCAAGUUCCCCAAGGAUCGCUGCGUCAGCGAGGAGUGCAAGUACGUGAUCCUCCGAAUCCUGCGGCCGGCCGAGGUGAGGAUAUCGAUCGAGGAGAUGCGCCGGCUACCCUGGCUCAACGAGGAGGACUCCGGCUACGACGAGGCGGCCGGGUUCGAGAAAAGAUAUGAGAAAAAGAUGAAACUUGACCACGGGCCGGAACUGAGCUGCAACGUGAUGGCCGUGUUGGGUGCGGCCGUGGCGCCGGUUAAAAAUUACAACACUUGCAGCAACAGCGACGACGUUGACGCUGGCAAAAUCAACAGUAGCAAAAUUACUAGUGAGCAGCAGCAGCAGCCGCGACAGCAGAGUACAACAUCGCCGAGUGUACUGAACAGGAAGGUGGCUGUGCCAAAAUGAUUUCCGCUUUUGAAUUUGGAACUAUUAUCGACUGCUGUUAAGAAUAGCAAAUUUGUUUUAUUGUGAAAUAGUAUUAUUUCAUUGGUUGACGCAGAUGUCACUUUAAACUGAAUAUUGAGUUGUUAUUAGAUCAUUUUAUCUUAUAAAAAA